UCAGGGAGGACGUCUUGGAUGGAGGAAUGAGGGCAUUUCGCCGCAAGACAUUCCAGGAAUGGGCUCCGCUCUCAGUUGUGUUUGCCUCGGAACAGGGGAUAGAUAAUGGUGGACCUUCGAGAGAACUUCUAUUACUUUCCUCUAAGUCCAUUAGAGAUCUAAACAUAUUUGAAGGAGAUUCCAAUGCCCGUAUGGCUGCGCUGGACUACAUAGCUCUUGAAAAUGAUUUGUAUAAAACCGCUGGAAGCAUGUUUGCCUAUAGCAUUGCCCAUGGAGGUCCUAUUCCAGCAUUCCUCAGCCCUGUACUAUAUGAUGCAAUAUCGAAGGGCGUCGACAAAACGAAACCGACAAAUGGCGACAUUGUGGACUAUGAAGCGCUGAGUCAAAUACAGGCAAUUCAGGAAAGCCAAGAUGAAGUGGCCUUUCAACAUGCCGUGGAUAGUGUGGAGGAUAUUAUCUCUUUAGCCGGCUGUGUAUCAUUGGCAACAAAGUACAGCAACGAAGAAGGACUGGUAAAAAAACAUUUGCCACUUCUUGGCUCUUGGCAGAGUUUACCAAGGUCUGGAGCAAUUUAAAACUGAUUUACAGACAUGUGAAAUACUACAGAGCCUGCAAAAGCAUCCAGACCUUUUUCAGCAGGUGUUUGUAAAAUCACCAGAUGACUCCAUUGUAGAUGCUAACACAUUUGGAGCGUACUUUCAUAUACAUGAAUCAUCUUGGUCUUUUUCCGGACACCAUCGCCGUGCCAUGGAGGAAAAGACACUUGCCUACUGGAGAGAUUUUUUUACAGGAUCUUGAAGAAGAAGGAAAACUCGGUCUCUUGUUGAGAUUUGUAACAGGGCUGGAAGUAAUGCCACCACUUGGAAUUGACCCAACGCCAAGUUUGACUUUCGGCCAUGCUGAUGACCUUGAAGGCGAUCACACUGCGAAUUUUCUUAUGGCCAACACUUGCGCGAAUAUUUUGAGAAUUCCAGUUUUGAACACGUAUGAACUGUUUCGCAAAAACGGCCUGUCUGUUAUAGAGAUGGUGAAUGUAUUCACCACAGAGUGAAUUUGUCGAAAACAGCAGCAUGUCAAAGACAUUUACUAUUAUUAUUAUGUAAGCAUCGUUAUAUAUUAUGUUUAUUUGAAGUUGCUAUAUAUCAAAUAGAUAAAGCAACCAAAAGAUCCAAUGUCAAGUUCUUAGCUAUAGCUAGUAGCAUAGCAUAUGUUAAAAAAUUCGGUUACAAUAAGUCAAAUGUUCUUGACAUUUCAAGUUUAACAUAUCAUGUCAAUAUCUGCGGUGAUGAUGAUGUGGCCCUAGUAGGUACGGGGGUCACUUGUGGAAGAAGAUAUACUGAACGAAGAGGUACAGAAGUGUAGGUGUAAACAUAUAUACAUCUAUGUUAUGUUGUGUGAUUGCAAAGUUCAUUAACUAUUUCUCGUAAUAUCUGUUAUCUGAUGAUCGUGUUGAAUAACCUUUUCCUUAUAUACGUUUAUGUUUAUGAUUUAUUUGUUCGUUUUGUCCAUGUCAUAUAAUGGGAAAACAGGAGCUUACAAUACUGCUUUUUAACAACUAAUAUGCAAAAAUGUGCAACAUUGUCUUCUGAACUUUGUACACGAUUUGCAAUUUUGAACCAAAUAACAUACUUAUGUUUCCCCUAUUGCAUCCAUUACGGUUAACAGUGCUCCUGAUACUGUCAGCUGUCGUUAGUAAAAUAUGAGACAAUUAAUAUAUUUAGACAAUGUGUACAACUUCAUUAUUUUGUUGCACAAACGUUCAAAAGGACGAACAGCUGCUAA